AUGGACUUCUCCGACCUCUCCUUCUCCCCGCCUCUCACCCCCAAGCAUCAUCCCAAGCCCGCCGCCGGCGACCCCUUCCCACCGGAGGAGGAAGAAGUCGCCCCCGGCGAGAGGUUCGGGGUGAUCCUGAAGAGGAACCGCUCCUCCGCCUCGCAGCGGUUCAGGCCGCGCGAGAAGACCCACGGCGGCCCCGCCGCUCUUCACGCCGCCAUGUCGAGGGCCUUCUCCAUGAGGAAGCCCUCCUCGUCCGCAACGGACGCUUACCGGAGGAUCCACGAAGCCGCCAGCGACGACGCCGGCGCCGACGAUGAAGUCGAUAUGAAUUCGACCCGCAAGGCCACGAAGCCGAGGAAGAAGAAAGGGACGAUCUUGGGCGCCUGCAAGCGCCUCUUCGGAUUCUAG